AACAUUGUAACAAGUGUUAGAAUUCUAUGAAUAUUUAUUACUGAUCCAGCACACACAUAGAGAAGGGAGUUGCAACCAUGGCACAGCCACAGAAGUUCUUUGAAAACCUGUCCGGGGCUGGUAAAGCGAUAGGAGUCCUGACCAGCGGAGGGGAUGCCCAAGGUAUGAAUGCAGCUGUCCGUGCUGUUGUUCGCAUGGGAAUCUACGUAGAAGCCAAAGUAUACUUUGUCUAUGAGGGUUAUCAGGGUAUGGUCGAUGGUGGAGCCAACAUUGUAGAGGUAUCGUGGGAGAGCGUGUCAAGCAUCCUGCAAGUGGGUGGUACAGUCAUUGGAAGUGCCCGCUGCAAAGCAUUCCGCAACCGUGAAGGGCGUUUGCAGGCAGCUUACAACCUAGUUCAACGUGGUAUCACAAAUCUCUGCGUUAUCGGAGGAGAUGGCAGUUUAACUGGCGCUAAUCUUUUCCGAGAGGAGUGGAGCGGACUUCUUGAUGAAUUAGUAAAAAAUGGAAAAAUUGAAGCUUCAGCUUCUCAGGAAUAUGCCCAUCUGAAUAUUGUCGGAAUGGUGGGCUCCAUCGAUAAUGAUUUCUGUGGAACUGACAUGACAAUCGGAACCGACUCAGCCCUGCACAGAAUUAUUGAGGUGGUGGAUGCCAUCAUGACUACUGCACAGAGCCACCAAAGGACCUUUGUUUUGGAAGUCAUGGGGCGGCACUGUGGGUACCUGGCCUUGGUCAGUGCCUUAGCUUGUGGAGCUGACUGGGUCUUCAUCCCUGAAUGUCCUCCAGAGGAAGGAUGGGAAGACUUAAUGUGCACUAAACUUUCUGAGAACCGUGCAAGAAAGAAAAGGCUCAACAUCAUUAUCGUCUCAGAAGGAGCCAUCGAUUGUCACAACACUGCAAUCAGUUCAGAGAGGAUCAAAGAGCUUGUGGUUUCACGGCUUGGGUUUGACACACGAGUGACAAUAUUGGGUCACGUCCAGAGAGGAGGAACCCCGUCAGCCUUUGACCGAAUAUUGGCCAGUAGGAUGGGAGUGGAAUGUGUCCUAGCCUUACUGGAAGCCACUCCAGAAACCCCUGCCUGUGUGGUAUCUUUAUGUGGAAACCAAGCCGUGCGCCUGCCUCUAAUGGAAUGUGUACAGAUGACCCAAGAAGUACAGAAGGCAAUGGAUGACAGGCGGUUUGCAGAUGCUGUAAGGUUGCGUGGAAGGAGUUUUGAGAACAAUCUAAACACGUACAAGCUCCUUUCACAUAAGAAGAAUAUAUCUGAACUUCCAAAGAGUAACUUUAAUGUGGCUGUCCUGAACGUGGGGGCUCCAGCCGCUGGAAUGAAUGCUGCUGUGAGGUCUGCAGUGAGAGUCGGCAUUACAGAAGGACACAAGAUGUUUGCAGUCAGUGAUGGCUUUGAAGGAUUCGCUAAGGGUCAGGUUAAAGAGAUAAAAUGGGGAGAUGUUGGUGGCUGGACUGGUCAAGGUGGAUCUCUUUUGGGAACCAAAAGAACUCUUCCCGCUAAAUAUUUUGACCAAAUUGCUGAACAGAUACGAGCUAAUAGCAUCAGUGCUCUGCUCGUCAUCGGAGGGUUUGAGGCUUUUGAAAGUAUGCUGCAGUUAUCUGAGGCGCGAGCCACUUAUCAAGAAUUUUGCAUCCCCAUGUGCAUUGUGCCUGCCACCAUUAGCAACAAUGUCCCCGGCACUGACUUAAGUCUUGGAGCUGACACUGCUCUCAAUACCAUUAUGGAGACCUGUGAUCGCAUUAAACAAUCUGCCAGUGGAACAAAGAGGCGCGUCUUCAUCAUUGAAACAAUGGGUGGAUAUUGUGGAUACCUGGCCAACAUGGGUGGCCUUGCUGCAGGUGCUGAUGCCGCUUAUGUCUUCGAGGAGCAAUUUGACAUACGGGAGCUCCAGGCAAAUGUGGAACAUUUGACUGAGAAGAUGAAGACAACCAUCCAGAGAGGCCUUGUACUAAGGAAUGAAAACUGCAAUGAGAACUACACCACGGAUUUCAUCUACCAGUUGUACUCCGAGGAAGGAAGAGGUGUCUUUGACUGCAGGAAGAAUGUACUCGGACACAUGCAACAGGGAGGAGCGCCAUCACCAUUUGACAGGAACUUCGGGACAAAGAUUUCAGCCAAAGCCAUUCAGUGGAUUUCCCGGAAACUUAAAGAAUGCUACAGAAAAGAGGAAGGCAGAGUAUUUGCUAACACGGAGGACAGCGUCUGUCUGCUAGGAAUGCGCAGACGUGCUCUCGACUUCCAGCCAGUUAUGCAGCUGAGGGAUGAAACUGACUUCAAACACAGAAUUCCAAAGGAGCAGUGGUGGCUGAAGCUGAGACCAUUGAUGAAGAUCCUGGCCAAGUACAAGACCAGCUACGACAUUUCAGACGCUGGAAAGCUAGAACACGUUCACGUUAGACGACCAAAAGAAUGUGAAGUGGGGGCCAUAUAACAGCUGUGAGCCCCAACGGCAUUCCUCUGUUCAUAGCCUACCACCAUCUCCAUUGUGUGCUUUAUCACCACCAGAAUUCCCACACUUGUCUUCUGUAAUUUAACUUGCAUCGUUCUAGCACUUUAUGUCCCCACAAUGGGCCUCACCACUCAAGUCUGUAUAACAUGUGUCUGUCACUCCUGUAGCAGCCAAACCACUUCCCAUUUCAGGCAGAUUAGAAAAUAAAAGAGAGAAAUUGAUUGGCUGCUAUAGAAA